AUGGUCGCAAACCGUCGGUUGGCGAGGUCAAUGAAUGUAGAAAUAUAUUCACGACGACUGGAAACAUUUCGAGUUACUGAGAGCAUCAGUCGUCGACCUGGUAUACCAACUAGGUCCUACGGAGUUGAUCUCCGGAAUCGACGGUCGAAAAGCGAAGCGUGUGCUAAAGUUAACGUCAAUGUUGAACAAUAUGUCGAUGAUGUGUACACGCUGGAGCGCACAUUGCGUGUCUGGAAAAAUGAGUUCCCCGUCUUGCCUGACCUAUCAACGUGGGAGGUGCCUUUGACGACUUUCGAGCUUCUCCCAAACAAAGGGCUGCGGAGGAAUCCGAGAGGUCAUCCGCAGUCAAGCAGAAUCCGUAAUGAAAUGGACAUCAGGGAGAAGUCUGACGGAAAGCGUUGUGGAAUAUGCAGGUUAAGUGGUCAUAGUCGGAAUAAAUACCCUAACCGAAACUUUCAUGUUGGACAGUCGUCCGGAUCGGGUCGUAAUUGA